AUGGAUACCCACGACGUUUCCCAUGUCCCAGAGUACCUUAGGUAUCUUCAAGUACAGAAGCAGAACCUAACAAAUGCGAAGGCUGUCAAGGGCCAUCCAGCAAUUCCCAAAAAGUCCAAAGAUGAAAUCUUGAUGCAGUUCAUGUCUCGACGGAUGCAAUUGAUGAGAAUGGAAACUCCUGCUAAUCCGGUGAACCUCCAAGCUUCGUUCCUACCACAUGCCUACCCUCCAUGCGUUAGACCCUUCAGCGCGUUGAAGAAGGUCAUGAUCGACAGCCUGUGUCUUGAGACUCACCAUCGGGGACGGUAUCUCCUUCUGAGAACGGUCACUCCGACAGAUACGCUGACCAGCGUGAUGGCCAUCGUAGAAGAUGAAGUCGGGAGUGUUCUAAUGCUGCUGCUCUACAACCAAGAGCAGGAGCUAUCGGGCGCACAGAGCCUCAGGGAGGGUACAGUUCUUGUUGUAAAAGAACCCUAUGUGAAAGUAAUGGCAGACGGGGACUACGGGAUUCGAGUCGACCAUCUCUCGGAUGUCUGGUUUAUCCCUGAGUUUGACGACCUGGUUCCCUUAUCCUGGAGGGAACGCGUCACGCAGGCUGAUGAGAACGCCUCUACUUGGAAGGCGAAAGGGAAUGAGCAUUUUGACCGAGGCGAUCAUCGUUCGGCAAUCCAAUGCUAUUCAAAGACUUUGGAAGCCCAUCCCUCGCCAGAAUUGCUGGUGAUAGCGCAGCUCAACCGUGCUCUUUCCUGUUUGAAAAGCGACCGCUUUGAUGCCGCGUUGAGAGAUGUUGAAAGUGUCUUGCAAGUAUCAGAGCUAUCAGCAAAGGCUCUUUUCAGGAAGGCUCAGGCCCUGUAUCAACUUCAAAGGUUCAAGGAAUCAUGCGAGACUCACGCAAUACUUGCAGAGAAGUUUCCAGGCAACACCAUGGCUGCCCAUGAAAAUGCACGAGCAUCUGCUCGGCUUGUGGAGCAGGACAGCGGGAAAUACGACUUCAGAAAAAUGAUACUGGAGGCCAAUACGCUUCAGCCGCCGAGGCUUGACCACGCCACGUACAUUGGUCCUGUAACUGUCAAGCAAACUCGAUCUCAUGGGAGAGGGCUCUUCACAGCGGAGGCAGUAAAGGCAGGCGACCUUCUGUUCUGCGAAAAGGCAUUUGCUCACGCUUUCCACAAGGGAAAUGCCUCGGGUCUCCGUCUGUUGCUGAAUGUCGACAUGGACAAAGCGACGAUUGGUACUCAAGCAGAGCUUAUUGAAUUGAUUGUUCAGAAGCUUUACAAAAAUCCGUCCCUGCUGCCAGGCUUUGUCGAUCAUCAUGGCAAAUACAAAUCAGUGGAUGUCCUAGAAGUGGAUUCUAUUGCCGUCGUAGAUACCUUCCUCGUUGGGAGAAUCGUUCUCCUAAACAGUUUCGGGUGCCCUCUUGUCUCCCGCGAGAGUCACAUACGCAGCAUGAAAGGGGAUGAUACGGCCAAAAAGGCCAAUGAACAAUUCCAUUCUUGUGGUUUCUGGUCGAUGGCGUCAUACAUUAACCACUCUUGCCUGAGCAAUGCUCGUCGUUCCUUCAUUGGAGACAUGAUGAUCGUUCGUGCUUCUAGGGACCUGCCUCCUGAGACCGAAAUUACCUUCUGGUACAAAUCACCCAUGAACGGUGAUCCCACAGAACUACCCGUCGACCUACAGCACUGGGGCUUCAAGUGCGAUUGCACAUUAUGCCAGGAUAUACGAAGUCUCAAGCCCAGUGUGCUAUUAGACCGAAGUAGAAUUUCGGCUGACCUUCAAAGAUUAUUCAAGAGACCCAAGAUUAAUUCGCGAAAGAUUGAAGACACAAUUUCCAGCCUCGCAGGCACAUAUUGCCGACCAGCUUCUGAAGUCCCUCGCCUUGCACUUUAUUCAUCAUAUCUGUCUCUUGCUGCGUUCUAUGCUUCAUCCGGAAACCUUAGAGAGGCUGUGAAAUUUGGAUUGAUGAGUCUAGAGUCACUUGGCUUCGUUAUCGAAGGUGGAAAUAUUCCUCAUGUCUCAGAUGCUCCACUAGUUGUCCAAACUUGGGGUCUGAUGAAUGAUGGAGUCGUGGGAUGCUGGAUGAUUCUGUGUUUUGCAUAUCGAGAGCUCGCUUCUCCUCUCGCGUCCCAAGCUGGGGGAUAUGCCAAACUCUCCUACCGAAUCUGUGUUGGCGAAGAUGGGACUUUUGAUCAGACCUACGACAGACUAUCGAACCGGGUGGAUGGCCUUUUGACGACCGCAAAGUAG